ACAAUGUGGUUCUGUGUAAUUACGUCAAACUCGGCCUGGGAACUGCGCGCUUAAAAACAUUGCGUCUGCACGAUUGCCAGGGCUGGAGAGGAAAUUUACCUAGAAAGAAAUGCAAAGACGGAUUUAGGUUUGGCUUUGCUACGAGGAAAACGAGGAGGCGCGAAUUUUUUAAGUGAUCAACAUAUUUUUCAUAUAUUCAAAGGUGUGUGCCUCCCGCCCCGCCCCCCACCACGGCCCUUACCUGUGUGUUGCGGUGCUUCCCCUGCGAGCCUAGCUGGGCCGGCAGCCCUUUCCUGCACCGCCCCCACCCCGCCCCACCCGAUGGUCAGGAUGACGCGCUCCAAGACCUUCCAGGCCUACCUGCCCAGCUGCCACCGAACCUACAGCUGCAUCCACUGCAGAGCGCACCUGGCCAACCACGACGAGCUCAUCUCCAAGUCUUUCCAGGGGAGCCAAGGCAGAGCUUAUUUGUUCAACUCAGUGGUGAACGUGGGGUGCGGGCCGGCGGAAGAGAGGGUGUUGCUCACGGGGCUGCAUGCUGUGGCAGAUAUCUACUGUGAGAACUGCAAGACAACUCUGGGUUGGAAAUAUGAGCAUGCCUUUGAGAGCAGUCAGAAGUACAAGGAGGGGAAGUUCAUCAUCGAGCUGGCCCACAUGAUCAAGGACAACGGCUGGGACUGAAAGACGAAGCGCCGUCCGUGACUCGGUUAGGGGUUGAAUGGGGGUGGAUGGGAGGGAAGGGGGUGAGUGUGUGACUUUGAUUUACCAUGGACCUCUGUCCUCCCCUCCUGAUGACACACCAGCAGCCUCCAGGGUGGAGGUAGUAGGGGAGUGUGUGUGUGUGGCUGUAGUAGCAGCCUGACCUGCCCCUCUGGGUUCUGUGUGUGUCUGGACUGGAGGAGGAUGUCAUUGGGGAUGGAUGGACACCACCAGACACACGCACAAUGGCAAGCAAACACAUACACAUGUGCACACACACAAACAAACAAACAUGCAUGUCCCAGACCAACAUCCCAGCCUGAUGUGUAGCUCUUCAGAUGGAGAGCCAGGCCAAGGCCAGUGUUGUUGUGUUACUAUCUAUGUUAGGGCUGGCUGGCCUGCAGUGUGAGGAGAGACCAGGCCCUGGCAGGGUCAGUAGCCUUGGGUUAAAGAGCUGAUGGGAGCUCUCGUCUGUAUGUGAAUGAGAUGGCCUAAAAUGAUUAUCCCCAAAUCCAUCUGAUCUAAUCCACCCAAUGCCGUGCCAGUUGGGACAGUGAUGAGGCCUCUGGGGGCUGGGUGAGGGGAAGGGUUAAGGGGAAGAGGAUGAGGGAGAGGGCAGGUCUGGAUUCUAGUCCACCCUGGUUGUGAGGUUGUAGUAGCAGCUGGUUGCACAGCUGUGUGAUCCACUCUAGGUUUCAGCGGCAGCAGUUGUUGUUGUGAGAGUCAGGAUGAUAGGGAGUGUGGAGGAUUUAAGUCUAAACUCUGAGAAGAAUCUGCUCAGUCAGUGUUUCGUCUUUCUCCAUCAUCCGUAGACGCCUGAAAUCAUGUCUUGUGAUGUUUGGAUCCUUCAUGCGUUGUGUCUGAUGUAAGUCAGGAUACAUCUACCAUCACCACUAUGGAUUAAAUUGAACAUCUUUGACUUUUGAAGCUCUGACUUGAACAGGCUUGGAGAUUGGUCCUAGUGGUUUGGCCACUGAAGCAAUUAGGAUGUGGAGGCCUUUAGGAGAUGCUCUUAUGGCGUUCUGAAAGGUUGAUGUUCUGAAGCUUUCUUUCAGUCUGGGAUGACAAUAGCAGUUCAAAGAUUGUUUCACACACUAAUUUACUACCUGGCCCUCACUUAAAACACUGAAUAGCAAAGCUGUACAGUGGACCUGUGGAUUUUCUGAACAGAAGCCAACUAAGCAACACAACUAAUCAAACUAACGUCCCUGGUUUCCACGGCAACUGACUGGCAGUCGAGACUUCCAAUCAGAGGCUGUAGACGUCCCUAGCACAACCAAAGAACCCAGCCAUCUACCAUAAAUUGACCAAACACACACACAUAAUAUAUAUAAAAAAUGUUUGCUUGGGUCAAAAUGUUGCCAAACGUGGGGUUGAGAAUUGUUGUUAAAAGCCAAGGUUAUGGAUAGCCUUUCUCUUUUUGUGAUAUAAUGCAUUAUGAUUUUUGUAAAUGACAGAUCUUAAUAUACUGUGCCUUUGGGAAAAUAUUCAGACCCCUAGACUUUUCCCACAUUUUGUUAGGUUCCAGCCUUAUUCUAAAAUGGAUUAUAUUGUUUCCCCCCCCCCUCAUCAAUCUACACACAAUAUCCCAUAAUGACAAAGCAAAAAGAGGUUUUUAGACAUAGCUAAUUUAUUGGAAAAAAAAUAAAAAUGAAAUUUUACAAAAGUAUUCAGACCCUUUACUCAGUACUUUGUUGAAGCACCUUUUGGCAGGGAUUACAGCCUCGAGUCUU